UAAAACAACAAGUUGAUAAACUUCGUCAACAAUUAACUGUUCAACAAGAAAUAUAUAAAAAAAAAAUCGAACAAAUUAUUUUAGAUGAACAAAAUGCUAAAAAUGAAAAUUUACAUUUACAAAGAAAAUUACAAAUUGAAGUUGAUCGUCGUGAACAACUUUAUAAACAAUUAAGUGAAAGUGAAUCAUCACUUGAAAUGGAUGAAGAACGUGCAUUAAAUGAACGAAUGAAAUUAUUUCCUCGACAACAAAGAAUAAGUUCAUCUCAACAAAAUUUAACUCGUUCAAGAACUGUUUCAAGUCCAUCAUCAGCAAAUAAUAAUUUAAUAAAUGAACAUCCAUCAUCAACAUCAAAUGAUUUUCAAAGACCACGACCACCAUCAACUAGUUUAGAUACUUCAAACCAAAUGGAAUAA